AUGCUACCCCUCUCGAGACUUGUUCCCAAACUGCCUGACCCACACGCAUUCCACCCAAUCUCCCGCCAUUUCCCUCGCCCACCAUCACUCCCUAUCCGUGUCGUCCGCCCAUACACCUCUCCUUCAUCCGCUCCCAGUCCAAGACAAGUCCGACGGAAUGCAGUCCUCGCCGCUCUGCUCCUCACUUCCGCUGCUGGAGCAUAUUACUACGAUACUCGAGUUCGGCGUACGGAGACCACCGAUCUCAGCGGAAGAGAAGUCACCACCGUAGAGAAAUACGGUAAAACCUUCACUCUCAACCUCUCAAAACGACGUAAUGCGCAGUAUACUUUCCUCCGAUUGUCAGACGAGGAGACUGAACAAAAACUCAAAGCACAUGAGGACUCUACUAAAGUGACAAGGAGAGGCAAUCCAGUUUUGAAAUACGAUACCAAUUGGGUGGGUUCAAAUGAACCUUGUGAGGAUAGAUAUGCGAGUGAUCUCAUUCCGCGGGGUGAUUCCAUGAAACAGGAUCAUCAAAGUUGGUGGAAGUUGUUAAGUCUGGAGGCGGAAGCUGAGGGGAUAGCGAAUGAGGAUAUUUUUGAGGAGAAAGUGGGAAAGAGGGAUUUAAUGUUGUUCUCCAUCUUUGACGGACAUGCAGGAUGGGCAACUAGCGAGUUACUGAAGAAGGUCCAUCAUCCGACGAUCGCAUUGAAGCUCGGUGCUUUACAAGCGGGGUAUUUACCUAGUCAGAGUGGAUGGAAAGUCAUGGCAGGGUAUCUAAACCCUUUGACUUGGGUGGGGAGAAGUAAUACAUGGACCCCGGAAUAUGUUUCUCAGACUAUAGUAGACUCAUUUCUCUCUCUAGACGAGAACAUCUGUCAAACACCCGUCAAGAUGCUCCCCUUACUGAAAGUUCAAAAUUCAGUAAAGGACACCUUCCCCACGCCUCGCCAGAUGUUCGUAGCCAUGACUAUGCCAGCGGAGAACGGAUCAUGUGCCAUCUCUGCGAUUGUCGACGCGGAGAAUAACGGUUUGUACCUGGCCAACACGGGUGAUUGUCGGGCUGUAGCUGGAUGGGAAAGUCCGGAUGGUACUUGGAAAUGUGAUGUUUUGUCGGAGGAUCAGAUGGGCGAGAAUCCGAAUGAAGUGACGAGGAUGCAAUCUGAACAUCCUAACGAACAGGACGUCAUCAAGAAUGGUCGUGUGCAAGGAGGCCUUCAACCUACCCGAGCGUUCGGCGAUGCAAUCUACAAGUGGACAACAAAUCAAUAUAAUCAGAUCAAGGGCGCUUUUGACGCUGAAGAUGAGAAAUUCCGCAAACAACGACCUUACAAUUUUACUCCUCCCUAUGUGACCGCUCGUCCAGAGGUAGCAUAUCGUCAUCUCCAACCUGAGUCUGGGGAGAAGUUACGGUUUGUCAUCAUGGCCACUGACGGUCUCUGGGAUAGAAUGACCUCGGAAGAAGCAACUUUACUCAUGGCUUCCUACCUCUCUCACCCCACGCAUCCCGAUAUUCCCAAAACCGACCUUCCUACUCAAUUUUCAAUCCAGCCUUCGACGGAAGAAAGGCCAUAUCCCGCUGAAGACCUACCAGGAACAGGCGAGCAAGCAAAAGGUGCGUGGGUGUUUGAAGGUGAUGAGAAUGCCGCGACGCAUUUGAUCAGGAACAGUCUCGGAGGGGCGGAUAGGAAGCUUCGAGGAGAGUUGUUGAGUAUGCACGGUAAGAUUACUCGAUGGAUGAGGGAUGAUGUUACUUGCACGUGA